AUGUCUGGGGAUGCUGACACUUCGGUUCAAGUUGCUUUGAGGUAGUUGAAAUUCUUGUUGUAAAUUUUUGUACUGUAAUAUUCUUCGCUUGAUAUAUUCUUAAUGGAGUGCAGUGGUUUCUGUGGGAUUUUUUGCUUUUUAAAACAAUUAAUGCUUUAGUUUUCAAUAUAAUAUAUCAUAUUAAAGGUUGAUCGAUUUAUUGAAUGGAAAAUAUGAUAACAAAAUAUCGCAUGUUUCAUUUGUUUUGACAACUUUUGCGAGCCCAUACUGUUGUUUAUCUUGUAAAAUAUUACACUUUAAACUCGCCAGACUUCAUAAAAUAUGUAUAGCAUGAACGUGGCUUUAAAUAAUGCUUUAUUUUGCUUAUUUUUUGCAGGAUUCGUCCUCAAAGUGCUUCGGAAAAGAUCGAAAUGUGUCGUAUUUGUACCAACGUAACGCUGAAUCAUCCACAAGUAAUUUUAGGCAAAGACAAAGCUUUUACCUACGAUUUUGUCUUUGAUAUUAACUCGAAACAAUUCGAAAUUUACCAUGAUUGCAUUAAAGGCCUUAUUGAAGGGUAAGGACGUAUAUAUUUUUGCACGUUUUACUGUUUUCUUACGUAAAUAGCCCAAUAUAAAAUAUUUGCUUUGCGGCGCGAAUUGAAAUUGUUUACAUUAGGGGGUUUAAAUUUUUAAAAGUAACAAAUUUAUUGCUAUGGGGCGGAUUUUAAAUGAUUUGUUUUUUGGAUACUUUGUAGGUGUCUUGAUGGUUAUAAUGCUACAGUUUUGGCCUAUGGGCAGGUAGGCUUUAUAAUUUAGAUUUCAAUACCAGUAUUUAUUUUACUACUGUUUUUGGCCCCAUAUUUCUGGAAGCAACUAUAAUCAAAUAUUUACUGAGGCUUACUAAAGGGCCAUUAAAGCUGACAUAUAUGGGCAUGCUUAAUAAGAGCUGGGACCAGCCAGCCCUAUUAUAGAAGUGUUUUCUGAAAGAUUCAUUAUUAUUGAAUGACAUGGUGGUCAGUGCAUGUGUCUUUCGUCUGUAUGACUGAGCUUUGAUUUCUGCAAUAUACAUUGUCUCAUACAUUGUCUCAUUAUAAUUUUACCUCAGUCACAUGUGAGAAGAAGAGUUCUUUCGAGUGCUGCAAUUUCCUUCUGUAGUAACACUGGAUCAGUAAGAGAGGAUCCUUACUGGACCUCUAGGAAGAACAGUUUAGAACUGAUAGAGCUAUCCAGUAUAAAUAAAGUUAGUUUAGUUUAGGUUUCCUCCUGUAGUAACACUGGAUCAAUAAAAGAUGAUCCUUAUUGGACCUCUAGGAAGAACAGUUUAGAACGGAUAGAGCUAUCCAGUGUGAAUAAAGUUGGUUUAACACAACAAUUCAUAAAAUUUUCAGACUGGUGCGGGUAAAACAUACACAAUGGGGACAGGGUUUGAUGUGAACAGUGGUAAAGAUGAGGAAGGCAUCAUUCCUAGAGCUGUUAGUCAUUUGUUUGAUGGUAUUGAGAAAAGAAAACAAGCUGCAAAACAAAAUGGCGAACCUCCGCCUGACUUCAAAGUGAACGUGCAGUUUAUGGAG